AACUCGGGAACCAAUGCAGCUACAGGCUACAGCGUCGCGGUAAAACGCAUUUGAUAGCUAUUUUAACGCUCUUUCUGCGUACUGUCCUCAGAUUUCAGCUAUGAUCAACGGUUUAGCCCCCAGAGAGCAAGAACUCUGAAAAUAGCUGUUUUUUACGAUCACGUCGAAUGACCAUGGACUUUGAACAAGUCUUUUUGAAAAUUUGACCAAAGGUCAAGCUCAUCUAAGCUGUUUCAUCGCUCUAGCAUGCCCCCAUCAAAAGUUAUCAUCGAAAGACCGCAGGGAACAUAGACCGAUGCAACCAUGCUUCCACGCGAGCUGGUGGAGCAGAUCCUGUCCUACUGCGAUGGAUACACUCUGUAUAGGGCAAGGGGAGUCUGCAAACUUUGGAAACAGAGUGCCGACUAUCUCAUCCAAAAGAACCAGCUAUGGGUGUGCUGUCAGCGCGAGAUGGGCGCCGCCACGCUGGACGCCAUGGCGGCCUCGGACUGCGACUGUGACGCCCAGUACCGGGCCUGGUACCGCCACUCGCUGCUGGGUGGAUGGCCCGUGGUGCAGAUGCCGCCACUGGCUCUCCCCGAGGAGGGAGUGCUCGCCGUCGCCUGUAUCGACGGUGACUGCAUGGUGAUGGCGGCCACCGCUGACGGCGUGGGUCUGUUCGACCUCUUCGGACAUCUGGCGUACAUGCUGCCCCACUGUACAAGCAGCUUUCCGAUCCGUCAGUUGGAGAUCACCCGGCCGCUCCCGGGUCUGGACGACCGUCGGAUGCUGGUGAUCGCGUACAGUAACAACAUUGUGCGCGUGUGCGGCCUGUGGCACGACGACGUGCGUAGCUCCAUGUCACCACUGGUGCCGCUGAUGACCCGCGAGGGACACGACAUCACUGUCAAUGCCUCCGAGGACCUGGUGUGCGUCUCAUAUCCGAACGAGGCCUGGCUGUACCGUGUUCGCGUCGGUCGGCUGACUGUGCGCGUGGACAUCCUGUGUGUUGUGGAGCUGAGCUCGAGCGGCGGCCUGGCCACUACUGCACGCUGCUGCGGACUGCGGAUGGCGUACAUGACAAUACGCGCCGGCGCCCUGGUCUGGUGUGACGCGACUGAACACUCGAUGGCCGCAAUGCUCGGCUCGCUGCCCUACCCUGCCAGGGUGCUCACGCCGCGCCGCAUUAGGCAGGCCGAUCCUCCCGCCGACGGCGACUCAGAGUUCCGGCCCAUCCGACCGGAGGACAUACGCGACCUGCACUUCAACGCCGGCAACUUCGUGGCCUCGCUCGGAACAGAGGUGGUGGUGGGCCACGCGGAGCUCGGCUCCCGCACGCUGGACGCGUUCAUGGCACUGCGGUCCCGCGUGUCCGCCUGCCUGCUGCACGGCCGACUGAUGGUGCUCGGAACAGAGAACGGCACACUGGCGGUGUAUUUCGUGCCCGACGAGCGCGCGCUGCUAUCUGUCGACCUGGCCUGCCCGGCUGGCCGUCUCCAGCUCACUACCGAGCCACUACUGCGACUGCGAGUGAUCGACCAGGCCGAGACAGUGCGUGUGUUCGCCCACGACGCGGCCGGCUGCCUGCACCACUGCUACUGGCGUCGGCCCGGCGCCGGUUACCGGCCCAGCCACGACCCGGCCGAGCCGCUGCUCACGCGCUGGAUCAACGUGCCGCGGGAGACGGCCGGCGGCCGCUGGUAGGCCGACACCGGACCGAUGGGAAGCUGAGGUCAGGUGGGUGGGUCGGCCCGGCCGAUCUGUAGGACCGAUCGUGGUGUGAGGGACAGUGUGAGCCUUCAGCGGGCACACGCCUGCUGCUGUGACCCCGCUCAGGGCCGCCUCGGGUACCCCGGCUGUGUGAAGGCGUCCUAUGAUAGCUGUGAACUAGGGCGCCGCUUUAGAAAGUUCUGUCAUGGUACCCCGGCUGUGUGAAGGCAUACUAUGAUAGCUGUGAACUAGGGCGCCGCUUUAGAAAGUCCUGUCAUGGUAGCCAGGGAAGAGUACCGCUGCCUCAUCCACACGGUUUUCAGAUCAUUGUGUCCGAUAAGCGGCAGACACGCUAUAACGCCUCUCAGUUUCUAUGAGAUCACUCAAGAGCUAGCUCGUGCUUUCAAAUGUGCCAGUUUUAUACGCGAAUCAACCAGCCCUUCACGUGGGUGGGAUAUGUACAAAGGAAGUCUUUUCAGCAAUCCCGCUGUGCUAGGUUUUGAGCGCAGCGUAUGUGUAGUUUGUGGACGGUACAUUUCCAACAAUUGGUGCCGUUUUGUGGUAGGAAGGAGGGGAGGGGAGAGGGGCAGUAGCUUGGAGUUGUUGCGACAUCGCUAUAUGAUGCCAGUUCUAACUUUCAGCUCUGGUGCAAAUCAUGUAACCUCGAUCUCUAUUCAGUUCAGUGCCAGAUAAUUUCAAAACAUAAGUUUGUUUACUGGUCGGUAUAAUUAUCGAUUUGUGUUUUACCGCUCUUUUUUUUUAUAAAAAUCGCUCCCUUUUUUAAGUUUUAAAGCUCUCAAAACACACUAGGGCGUGCCUAACGCAAUGCUUUACCGAUAAGCCGGGCUGCUGCCUCAGAUGCGUGAAUAAAGUAAUGCGCAUUGAAGAUAUGCCGUACCAUUGUAAUACACAUUCGCUUUGCUCAUUUAUCUAGGCUGUAUGUUAUAUAGUUUUAUUUUGAUAAUGGCUGUUUUCUCCUCACACUUAACAUUACCUCUGAUAGAAUGUUUUCGUUGAAGGUUCCGUGGUUAAGAAGCUUGCAACAUGGUUGCGAGUGUAUCAGAACUUGUCUCGUGGAAUACAACUGACAAUAGUA